UUGUCCACUCACAGCUGCGUCCCGACUCCCAACCCUCUCUCGAAUCCUCCAAAACCGACCUUUACCUUCGGCCUCAUCUUCUUCAUUACACCUAUCUACUCGUAAAUGCUUGGCCUUCUUUCUUUACAUUCCUUUGUUCAAUCUCGAAAACAAAAUAUAAAAAGACCGAGGAACUACUGGGGAAGUAAGUAAUGGGGGCGGAUUGGGGACCGGUGAUUGUAGCGGUGGUGCUGUUCGUUCUGUUGACUCCUGGGCUCAUGUUUCAGAUUCCGGCCAAGGGGAGGGUGGCGGAGUUUGGGAAUAUGCAGACAAGUCUUCCCUCCAUAGUUGUACACGCCCUCGUCUACUUCGGCCUGCUCACCGUCCUCCUUAUUGCUAUAGGUGUUCAUAUCUAUACUGGCUAAAAAUCAUGCAUGCUUGUUAGUUGUACAUGUAUAAUCAGUUUUAAAACUUGGUAUCAUUUUUCUUGUUUAAUUUGUCUAUCAUAUCAUUCUUGUUAUGUAUAACGGUUCAAUCACAU